GUGUCAUCCCAGAGAAACACAGUCCGUCCCAAACGCUGCUGGGAUGGCAGCAGAGCUGCGAGGCCGGAGAUCGGGAGCGGCCGUCCUGUUCCACAUACACAGCAGAAACUGUAGCAGGAAGCUUCAGCCAAGCGAGGACAAACUCUGCCUCCAGUGUCCACAUUUUGUCCAAAAGGCCUCAGAGUGACAAGAGCAAGCCAAAAACUGCAACUCAGCAUGACGUCAUCGUGAUCAACUCAGUGCCCCGUGCAGCGGAGGACAGGACGCCGCCGUCUGGACGAGGUGGAGACGGUGGAGCGGAGGAAGUGGCGCCUCUCGCCGGUCAGGACGACAGCAGUGUGAGGCCCCAGUAUCAGCGUAUGUGCAUUCAGAUCAACGAGCCGCCCACUGAGGUGAUGUUUGCAGGUAACGCCGCCUACAGCCUGUCUACCUUUAAUAAUCCCCCUGUUGCCAUGGGAGCAGUUGACUCCCAACAACAGCAAACCCAACAUUCUUGGUCUGGAAUCCAGCCGAUAGAAAACGCCCACUUCUCCAGUCAGAACCACCUCUAUGGAGGAUCCAGCAACCAGAACAAGGAGUCCGGAUCGGCACAGUCCCAGCAGUCCUGCCUCCCCUACGCCUGCACCUUCUGCUCCCGCCGCUACGCCCACCAGUGCCAGCUGAGAAUCCACGAGCGCGUCCACACAGGGGAGAAGCCGUACCAGUGCGUCCAGUGCGGGAAGAGGUUCGGCCAGGUGUGCAGCCUCAAGCGCCACCAGAUGGUCCACACGGGGGAGAGGCCGUUCCCGUGCCCCCACUGCGGGAAGCAGUUCUCCACCUCCACCAACCUCAAGGUCCACCAGAGCGUCCACACCGGGGAGAAGAGGUUCCACUGCUCCAAGUGCGGCAAGAACUUUUCCUUCCUCAGCAACCUGAUCAGGCACCAGGCUCUGCACACGGCCAAGUAGAGCGAGUCAGUGUGCUGCAUCAACACUGUACGCACCUGAGGCCGCACAUUCACUGUUCACGUGUUCAUGUUAUUGUGUCCAGAUCAAAUCUGUCUCUUCAUUUCAGCAGCAUUUAGAUGAAAUGUCCUUCAACAUUUUAGCCCCAUUUCAUGUCUGACACCAGUGUUGUUGGGAAGAACUCUGAUUGUCUUUGGAUUCACUUUGGAAAAUGUUUCUUCUGCUCAUUAAAAUGAUCUCUGACAUGAGUCUG